AGGAGACCAGAUGAUCCUCAUAAAUCAGAACUUAGAUCAUGCAAAGGAAAAGAAGUGAAGACAAAUUAUCUUGUUAUUAAGGAUGAUGAAGAUGCCCCCAAUCUUUUGUCUAUUCCGGAAGAGCCCUUUAAUGAAAGGAGAGCAGAUGAUCCUGACACGUCAAAUCAUAAAAUUUGUGUAAGGAAAUCAAGGAAGAGAAAAGGUAUGAAGGCAAAUAGUCAUUCUCUUGAGGUCUGUAGUGUCUCUGUAUUAUCUUGUACUGAACCAAGUCAGCUGCAAGUAUAUAUUGGCUAGCAAGGAAAAAAAGUGCUGGGAAUUGUAUUUGCAUCUAAAUUUUUGUUCAUCACACUAAACAAACAUCUCGCUCCACUCAUUUCCCCUACCUAUUUCCCAAAUCCCUCAUUACCCUCCUUAUCCCCCACCAUGCCCAUGGCCACUGCAGUGCAUGCGUUGGCUUUUGUUGUUCUAAAUACAAAGUUUAGAAGAACCCUAGGUGUGUUGAGCAAAAAUUAGUUUGCAAAUAUAAGCUCCCAAAUAUUUUCCAAUUACAUUCCUAAGAAAUGAUACGGAGAAGAAGGCUUUUUGGUCACAAAUUGCAAAGAAGGUUGAGUAUAUUAAAAAAAUCAAAGAAAAGCAGGAUGAGGAUAAAGCAGCUGUGACACUACAUUCAUUCAACCGUAGUUUGAAAAUCAAGGGUCGUGCCAGUGCAUCCUCAGGGACAGCUGAAAGGAUGAAACCCCUCAGAUCUGCAAGUGCAGCAGUGAAGGUAAAGUUAUCCAGCAUUCAGGGUUGCAUACCUGUACGCCAUCCAGAAGUUGCUCUUUCAAUUGAGGUUUAUCAUAAUGUCCGAAACUGGGUCAAGACCCAAGAAUUCUUGGUCCUAGGACAACAAACCUUGACUGAGUUGAGGGAUAAGAUAUAUUGUUUAACAGACAAGGAUCAGGAAACAGAUGGCCAGCAUAAUCAUUCAGGAUAUUUCCUCAUAGAAGAUACAUUCUACAACGAUCUGAGGGAUCCUUCUGCAAUAGAUUAUAGUGAACCAAUAUUUGAUUGGCUUAGCAAUUCAAAAGAUGAUGCUUUAAAAAAAUGGGAGUGUAUUUUAGCUGGAAAAAUGCAAAAGCACAAAAAAGCAGUUGUAGGCGACAUAACUGGCUCAAAAUUGCCUCGUUUCCAAGCUGCUGAUAUGCACAAGACACAGUUUUGCAACUUGAAAUUUCAACUUGGUGCUGGAUAUCUAUACUGUCACCAGGGUGACUGCAGACACACAGUUGUGAUUAGAGACAUGCGGUUGCUUCAUCCAGAGGAUAUACAAAACAGGGCAGCUUAUCCAAUACUCUUAUUCCAGUUGAAGCUACAUGUACAGAAAUGUAGAGUGUGUAGGAUAUAUAGAGCUACAAAGAUGACUGUCAAUGACAAAUGGACUCCGGAGAAUCCCUGCUACUUUUGCGAUAAUUGCUACUUCCUUCUUCACUAUACGAAAGAUGGUUCUCUUCAGUAUCAGGACUUUGAAGUGCAUGAUUAUCACCAUGAUCAACCGCGUUGAUGUUCUUGUAGUAUUACUAGUCUUGCCCCUACCGAAUUAUACAUCAUCUUGUUCAAUCAUAGUUUUGCAGUGUUGUGGAAAGUAAAACAAAAGGUUAUCAUCAUCAAGCAAUGAAAAAAGUGGAACUGCAAAAAACUGGCUGAGAAUUAAAAAUCAAAUUCUAAAUACCAAUUUUCGGCUAAUUACAAUAGAUUAUACUCAGAUUCUUAUAAUCA